CAAAAGGACCAGAAAAGAAAGAGGAGUACGACAUUCUAAAGGGCCUCGCGAAAUCACGAAUAAUAAAGAAAAUGCAUCAUUGAUGGCCGUUGGUGGCGCCGCCUACUCUGGCGGAACGAUCCCUCCAGGAGAACCCGAGUCCCUCAGCGAGUUGCCGCUGAAUCCCAGUGCUGCCACGUCGGCGAUCGAAACCGCCGACCUCCACCAUGCACCGACCACCUUCCUUGGCCCCAGCGAAGGGGACUACGAGCCUGUAAAGACCUUCGAUGAUGCCAAGUACGUGUGUCGCCUGGAAAGCACCAAGCUCUGGGUGAUUGCGGGUCCAAUUGCCUUCAACAUUCUGUGUAACUAUGGGGUCAAUUCGUUCACGAACAUUUUCGUGGGUCAUAUUGGGAAUGUUGAGCUCUCGGCCGUAGCCAUUUCCUUGUCCGUCAUCGCCAACUUCUCUUUCGGUUUCUUAUUUGGCAUGGGAAGCGCGUUAGAGACGCUGUGUGGGCAGGCUUUUGGGGCCGGGCGUAUCAACAUGCUCGGCGUGUACAUGCAGCGGUCAUGGCUCAUCCUGACGGCGGCAUGCUUCGCCAUCCUGCCCCUCUACAUCUACGCGACCCCGAUCCUGAAGUUCCUCGGCCAGCGGGACGACAUCGCUGUCCUUGCAGGCAAGUUCACCAUCCAGGUCAUCCCCCAGAUGUUCUCUCUGGCCAUCAACUUCCCCACCCAAAAGUUCCUCCAGGCACAAAGCAAGGUCAACGUGCUCGCUUGGAUUGGGUUCGCGGCACUCCUCAUCCACGUGAUACUCCUGUACCUGUUCAUCAGGGUGUUCGGGUGGGGGCUGGCGGGGGCUGCGGCGGCGUAUGACGUGUCGGCAUGGGGGAUUUCGGUGGCACAGGUGGUGUACGUGGUGGGGUGGUGCAAGGAUGGUUGGAAAGGGUUGUCCUGGUUGGCUUUCAAGGAUCUGUGGGAGUUUGUGAAGCUCUCGGUGGCUUCAGCUGUGAUGCUGUGCUUGGAGAUUUGGUACUUCAUGACCAUUAUUGUGCUCACUGGCCACCUUGACGACCCCGUUAUAGCAGUUGGUUCACUCUCCAUCUGCAUGAACAUCAACGGAUGGGAAGGCAUGCUGUUCAUAGGAAUCAAUGCAGCCAUAAGUGUUAGAAUCUCCAAUGAGCUUGGCUCCAGGCAUCCCAGAGCUGCAAAGUACUCUGUGGUUGUCACGGUCAUAGAGUCCCUCAUCAUAGGUUUGUUCUUCGCGGUCCUAAUUCUGGCGACGAAAGAUUACUUCGCCGUCAUCUUCACCAGCGACCUCGAGAUGCGACGUGCCGUCGCUAAGCUAGCUUACCUCCUCGGAAUCACAAUGUUGCUCAACAGUGUACAGCCAGUCAUAUCAGGCGUCGCCGUUGGAGGAGGAUGGCAAGCCCUCGUGGCUUAUAUCAACUUGUUCUGUUAUUACGUCGUUGGGCUCCCUCUCGGGUUUCUCCUCGGUUAUAAGACGAGUUUAGGAGUGCAGGGAAUUUGGAUGGGAAUGAUAUUUGGGACGCUGCUGCAGACGAUCAUCCUCGUCAUCAUCAUCCACAAGACCAACUGGAACAAAGAGGUUGAGCAAGCAUCAGAGAGGAUGCGUAAAUGGGGCGCCGGAUCGGAGGAAGCAUCUGAGCUGACGUAGGGCAAGAAAAAAACAUGGGUUGUGAGUGCUUUGUCUGUAGAGGAUUUAGGUAAGAUGUAAAGCGGUGUCCUGAUUAAUUAGAACAUAAUUGUGUUUAACCUCAGUAAAUGGUGUGUUUAGUUGGCUGUUUAAGGCCAUUGGUGGGCAAAUUACACCGAUUACCGGAUUAAACAUUGCCUGUAGAUCAUUUU